ACCACCGUGCUACACGGACUAGCAUCCGAGCUACCGCUAUUUUAUAUCGUUCUGAUUUCAUUCAUUCUGAACACAAACGGGACUUUUGUGUAGUGAAUAAAUCAAUAGAGUUCUUUAUUUCCUCUCUGUGAUCUAAAAGCGCCGUUUGAAGGAAGCAGCCCAGUGUGAUGACGUCAGCGGGGGGACAGGGUGGCACCGUGUCCACCAAAUCCUCACCACCCAGGAAAAUGAAAUGGGCCCUGGAGCUGAGCCUAGCCAACACCAGGAGUCGAGCCGACAGACAGAAGGACGAUGUGAUGUACCCUGUAGGAUAUUCGGAUAAACCCGUCCCAGAUACCAGCGUACAGGAAGCGGAUCGGAACCUGGUGGAGAAGAGGUGCUGGGACGUGGCCCUGGGGCCCCUGAAGCAGAUCCCCAUGAACCUGUUCAUCAUGUACAUGUCCGGCAACACCAUCUCCAUCUUCCCCAUCAUGAUGGUCUGCAUGAUGGCGUGGAGACCCAUCCAGGCGCUCAUGUCCAUGUCUGCUACGUUUAAACUCCUGGAGAGCUCCAGUCAGCAGUGGCUGCAGGGCUUGGUUUACCUGGUGGGCAACCUGCUCGGAUCGGCGCUGGCCAUCUACAAGUGCCAGUCCAUGGGUCUCCUCCCCACGCACUCGUCUGAUUGGCUGGCCUUCAUCGAACCACCUCAGAGGUUGGAGAUAACGGGUGGAGGAGUAGUGCUGUGAGCACACACACACACACACACACACACACACACACACACACACACACACACACACACACACUGCAUUUGAACACUGUUGGAUUAACUGAUGUACAUUAGAAACGAGAUCCUGAUGUUUCCUGAUGUUUUUGUUUAUUUCUGCUGUGAAUAAUAAUUUGCUUAUAAAGAUUUAAUAAACGUCCCCAGAUUCCCUUUCA